ACCAUUUGACCUUUCAACCUUACACUCUCGGGACAAAACCAGAGGAAGACGGUCAAUGAUGGAUGGUGAAUCAAUUAAAAAAAUGUUGAGGUCGGUGCUGCUUUCCUCAAAGGAGGGGGUGUCAAUCGGCCGGCUUCAAACCGAGUACCGCUCGCUGUGCGGGGAGCUAAUCCCGCACAGUAAGCUUGGCCACCAUAGCUUGGAGGACUUCCUCCGCAGCAUCCCCUCCGUUGUGCGGUUGGAGCACCGCAUGGGCGAGAUGCGGUGCUUUGCUGCUAUCUGUAAGGAAACGCGGCACAUCGCUGAGAUGGUGGCGCGUCAGAAGUCGUCCAAGAAGCCUGGCCGCAGCCAGCUGGUCAACUGUACGAUGAGGUUCAAGCCCUCCAACCCCUACAUGCUCAACGUGAAGCCAAGGUCAAUUCUGCGGCAGCCCUCACUGGGGGGCUCGUCAGGCUGGCUGGCGGCCCGUCCACGGCCCUACUCUGGCAGUGGACGAUUAAGCGCGUCAGGAGACUACAGACAACAGGACCAGGGGACCAGCUCAGCUGUCCCCAUCCAACACAGAGGAGCUUCUCUUCAGCCAGCCGACAGACCCCCGCCUCAGCCAGCCUACAGACCCCCGCCUCAGCCAGCCUACAGACCCCCGCCUCAGCCAGCCUACAGACCCCCGCCUCAGCCAGCCUACAGACCCCCGCCUCAGCCAGCCUACAGACCCCCGCCUCAGCCAGCCUACAGACCCCCGCCUCAGCCAGCCUACAGACCCCCGCCUCAGACAGCCUACAGACCCCCGCCUCAGACAGCCUACAGACCCCCGCCUCAGCCAGCCUACAGACCCCCGCCUCAGACAUUCUACAGACCACCACAUCAGACAUCCUACAGACCCCCGGCCCAGGCUGCCGACCAGCCUUCCUCCUGUCCAUCAUCCCAGGCCGACAGAACCGGUACUUUACGAGUGACCGUGGGUGACACCGGAAAUGGGAAAGAGGUGCCGCUGGACAACCACCAAAAGACUGCAGAACGACGGCCUCAGGAGCCAGUUUCCUCACAGCCAGAGGUCUACAACCCAGAGUUAGUCCAGAGCAGACUCUCUGAUCUGCUGUCAAAGCACUGCAGCGGCCUGUGGCUGUCCAAACUCCCUGGGGUGUACCUGGAGAUGUUUGCUCAGGCCAUCCCCCCUCAGGCCCUCCAACAGCUGGACACCUGGUCCCACAUCUGCAUGGUGGAAAACCUAAACAGUAGCAACAGAACUGACCGGCUGCUCUACCCACCUCUCCCUCCUAAGCCGACGGCAGGCAGACCCAGCGGCAACCCCUUCACCCUCACCUCACCCAAACCAGCCUCCCCCUCCGACCUGCCCUCACCCAAACCAGCCUCCCCCUCCACCCUGCCCUCACCCAAACCACCCUCCCCCUCCACCCUGCCCUCACCCAAACCAGCCUCCCCCUCCACCCUGCCCUCACCCAAACCAGUCUCCCCCUCAACCCUGCCCUCACCCAAACCAGUCUCCCCCUCCACCCUGCCCUCACCCAAACCAGCCUCCUCCUCCACCCUGCCCUCACCCAAACCAGCCUCCCCCUUCAUCUUCACUUCAUCCAAACCAGCCUCCCCCUCAACUCUGCCCUUACCCAAACCAGUUUCCCCCUUCAUCUUCACUUCACCCAAACCAGCCUCCCCCUCCACUCUGCCCUCACCCAACCCUUCCUCCCCCUUUACCCUGCCCUCACCCAAACCAGUCUCCCCCUCCUUCUCCUCACCCAACCCCCUGACCCCCCCCACCUACCUGUUCUCCCCCACCUCUGCAGAGAGCUCCCCAGUUAAAGACUCGGCCUCGACGGCCUCUGCCAGCCUCUGGAGCCCCUCCCGGAGCCCAGGCUUCGCCCCUAAUAUGCCUACCGCCGUUUCCAACGCUGCUGGCUCUCCCCCCAAUUCCUCCGCCGUUAGCCCGUUGAGCCCCGAGCUGCAGGAUAGGCUUCUGGAGCUCCUGUCGAAGUACAGCAACGGGCUGUGGACCCACGCCCUGCCCCAGCUCUUCCUGGACACAUACAAGAUGGCCUUCCCCGAGGCUGUGUUGGCCCAGCUGUCACUGCUGGAGGACAUCUGCUCGGUGGAUUACCCUGUUUCACAUGACCGAAGCAAGGCCAUUCUGUAUGAGCGGAGGGAAGCAGAGAGCAAGAGGGCGGAGCCGUGCUGCUCCACGGCCCCUGCCUCUGGUGUCCCGGUUCUGGGAGUCCAGGCGCUCCCUUCCCUGACCCUCCCAACGGAGCAGUACCCCUCGGUGUUGGUGACCGAAGCCCGGGGGAGUGACCGGGUCACCGUCAGGUACGUCGGCAAGGGCUACUCCAAAGCCCAGGAGUCCAUGGAGAACGCUAUGCUCGCCUUCUACACCCAGAGCCCCACCCCCGACACCCUGCCCAGUCCUGCCAUUGGUCAGCUGGCCGCGGUCACCGGGGAAGCUGGAGAUGAGCUGGCCAGGGUCCAGGUCAUAGAGGACAUGGCCUCUGAAAAGGUCAAGGUGUACUAUGUGGACUAUGGCUUCUCUAUGGAGGUGAGCUCCAGCAGUCUACUCGUUCUGCCUCAGGACUUCCUCACACUCCCCUUCCAGGCCACCACCGUCCAGCUAGCAGGUCUGGAGGCAUGGAGCUCCAAGCCGGUGGUUGUGUCGGCUCUGGAGCGCCUGGCCGUGGGGCGCAUCCUGCUGAUGGAGACGGUGGAGGCGUGUCCAGGAGAGAAGCCCCCGCUGGUGGUCCUCUACGACACAUCGCAGGACGAUGACCUCAACAUCAACGCAGCCUGCCGGAAGGCCCUGCAGGACCACGCCGCCCAGGACCACGCCCCCCUCAUAGUAAGCAGCAGGUACCAGGACGUGUGGGUCACCAACGUGUCUUCAGAUGGGUUCCUCUCCUGCCAGCUCCCCUGUAGAGGGCGCUCCUCUCUCAGCGGCCUGCUGGCCAAGAUAGAGGCCUUCUUCUCCAGUCAGGUGACGUCGGAGUGUCUGGUGUCCCAACCCUUCAGCGGGAAGCUGUGUCUGGCCCGUCAUAGAGGGAAGUGGUCCCGAGCAGAGAUCUACAACCUUCACGGCGGCCGCGUGAUGGACGUCGUCUUCAUUGACCUCGGGGUCAGCUCCUCCAUAGAGGUCACUGAGCUCCGGGAGGUCCCGCCUCCCUUCCUCACCGACCUCACCGUCCUCCCGGCCCAGGCGGUGCGCUGUUUUCUAGCGGAUCUGGAUCGCCCCUCGGGUCCCUGGAGUCCAGAAGCUCUCCUCUGGAUAAGACAGACAGUCCUCAACAUGCCCUGCAGCAUGAAGGUGGAGGAGGUGCAGCAGAGCGGUGAAGGUGCGGCGGUGUUCCAGGUGUCUCUGUUCUCUGGUUCUGAUGACCAGAGCCUGAACCAGCAGCUGGUCCGCUCUGGUCUACUGGGUCAGCGCAAGGAGGAGAACAACAACUACAUGGCGCUGGACGCAGGUGAUCUCAGUUCCCUGGUAGAAAAGUUGUCUCUGAAUGGUCAGUCUGUGAGCGCUGUGCUCCCCAAGGCCCGGCCUGAAGCAGGGGACUCUCCUUCCAAACCUGCCCCAUUAAAGCUCCCCACGGUGUGCAAGAAUCAUCUGCUGAUGCCUCCCCUGGUGGAGCUCCCUCAGGCGGGUCAGAACAUGGAUGUGUUCGUCCCGGUCGCGUGUCACCCCGGGCACUUUGUGGUGCAGCCCUGGCAGGACCUGUACAAGCUGGUGGUGCUGAUGGGGGAGAUGGUGCUGUACUACAACCAGAGCCAGACCUCCUCCAGCAUCCCGCUGCUGCACAAAGAGCACGUCUACGCCGCCAAAAUAGACCGCAACUGGCACCGGGUGCUGCUGAAGGGGGUUCUGUCCACCGGCCUGGUGUCUGUGUAUGAGCUGGACUACGGCCAAUACGAGCUGGUGAGCAGCAGCCAGCUGAGGUCCCUGAUCCCCGAGUUCAGACAGCUGCCCUUCCAGGCGGUCACCGCCCAGCUUGCCGGUGUCCCCCAUGGGGGAUGGUCUGAGGAGGCGUCCAUGGUGUUCAGGAACCACGUGGAGAAGCGUGCGCUUGUGGCCCAGGUGGAGAGCGUGCACGAGGGGUCGGAGGUCAAGGCUGGCUUGGGUGAGGUCAGCGAGCGGAGGUUGACAGUGUUCCUGGUGGACACCAGCGAAGAAGACAAUGAUGUGUGGAUCCACAACAUUAUGACUGACCUUUGCGAGCUCCCCGCCACCAGCACCAUCUAGAGGCCUUAAGCCGAAUUGCAUCCCCCAAUCCAUCAUGGCAGCGUGUAUAUUGUUGAUUUACUCUUGGAACUCUUAGCUCACGCUUUUAUUUUGAAGCUCUUGCCCCACGCACCAGAUUUACUGCUGUACCUAGUUGAGAGAAAUGUUAUUUUAGUUGGCCGACUGGUGCGGUUUUAUUUGGUACAUGGGAGGGUUGUGCUGUGAGCAGUAGAUUUAGCAUGUGUAAAAGAAAAUUGGACCUUAUCUUACUGUUUAUGGAUCACUUGUUAUUUCGGCACAUCAACGUUUUGCCUUGUUUUAUAAUUUUUUGGAUUUGUUUUGACAUUUUUUGUGUUGCAUGUUGGCUCUUGUGUUUUUUUCUUUAUUUUCCUGUACAUAAGUUACGUUUGAAAAGUGAGGAAAUUGCUUUGUUACCGCUGUCCUCUUCAUUUUGUUCAUUAAAAUAAGAUUUACAUGUUGUUCGAGAGUCUCUGGCCAGAUGCUC